AUGUCGUCCAUCCCAGGCCCCGCCGCCGCCGGCGCCACAUUCUCCUCGUCUUCCUCCGCGCAGAAGAAGAAGCCCGGGCCGGCGCGCCCGUUUACCGCCGAGAUGCGCGACCGGCAAUCCCGCGGCAAGGAUCCGUACACCAAGGAUGAAGACGGCGACGGCGACGGAGAAGAAGAAGAGGAAGACGAGGAGGAAGAGAUGGAUCUCGAUGAAGAGGAAGAGGAGGAGGAGGAAGAGGAGGAGGAGGAGGAAGAGGAAGAGGACGACGGACCGAGGAUGCAGAUUGGCAACGUGUGA